UUAGCAUCGCGCGAGAUGAUGUCGAUUUCAGCGGGAAAACAAAGUAUUCUGAUGCCCUAGUUGUUUGUAUUUACCUAAUGCACAAUGAGUGACACGGAGGAAAAAUCUGCACAGGAAGUCAGCCAAGAAGAUGUUUUUAAAAAUGUCACAUACUACCUUGUUGGAGACAUAAAUGAGAACGUGGUGAAACAACUGGAUGAUGGAGGUGCUAAACUGGACAGCUACCUCAGUGAGAUGGUCAGCCAUGUCAUCGCUGAUGACAUUGAAGCUGACGAAUGCGCUGAAGCAAAAGACCUGUUUGAUCUCCCCAUUGUAUCUAGUGCCUGGGUUGGACUCUCUGUCAAAUGCAAGAAACAGUUACUAAAAGAGGUAUUUGCCCUGGAGGGACUCGUCUUCUCGGGCGUAGUUGUUUGUGUGUCCCAGUUAGAUGAAGAAGACCGAAAGUCUUUAUGGAGCAUGGUGACAUAUCAUGGAGGCAGAUGCCAGACGCGGCUGGAUAAACAUGUCACCCAUCUCGUCACAUUCACCACCGAAGGGAAAAAGUACACCGAGGCUAUGAAGAGAGCUGAGAAGAUAAAGAUUGUGUGUCCCGACUGGAUCACGGACAGCAUUCAGGAGAAGAAGAAAGUAGAUGAAAGCAUUUACCACCCGAGACUGAUAGAAUAUCCCAAACCUGAGUCCCCACCCAAACCAAAGACACCUGAAACAGAAAUCCUAACUCCAACCAGGAACCUGGCCAUUAGUCCCGGACCAGGCCAACAACUUGCACAACAAAUUGCUGCUGGGCUCAGGCUCAAAUCUUCCUCUGAGGAAAUGCCCCGAAAUGGAAGUCGCCCAGGAACACCAAGUAGCUCAAGUGCGAAGGAAGCAUUAGCUCGGAUGGUGAACAGCAGAUUGCAGCAGUCUAGGGUGGGAGACAGCCCUGAGGCCCGCCCAGCACCCCCUAGUCCCCUGUUUCCCCACCCACACCCAUCUCUACCCCCAGGGCAGCAUCCCCUCACCCCCCAGAUGGCCCCAGGGCAGACCCCUCCACUCAUCAACCCUCAGAUGAUGACAUUCAACCCUCUUCAAGACCCCGGCAUGGGCAACAGAACACUGAGGAACAUCACCAACAACGCUGAACAGGCACAGCAUGGACUCCGACCAGGGAUGAACAAGAUUCACCAGAUGUUCAACAUGCCCCGCCAUGUCCGUCCUCCACCUCCGUACCCCAUCCCUCCCCACACGCUGCAGGUGCUGCCACAGUUCUGGGGCCACGACCCUGCGGACAACAUUCCCCCGGACAUGUGCCUGCUGGGGUGCGUGUUCUACGUCACCGACUACCAGGCUAUCCUGGGACAGGAGGAAAUAAACACGUGGAAGCAGGUGAUCGAGCAGUAUGGCGGCCAGGUGGACUCGUCCUACUCCAGUCGUAUCACCCACCUUCUCUGCGCCACACAGUUCAGUGAUGUCUUUCAGCUGGCUCUGAAGGACCAGAAACGUGUGGUGACGGCGUUCUGGCUGAACGACUGUCUCCUGCAGAAGAAGCUCCUCCCUCCGUGGCAGGGCCUCCAUCUCCCCCAGGUGUACCGUGACCAGAAGCCCUGCAGCAACCAGAUCAUCUGCAUGACGAACUACGAUGGCGAGGAACGGCAGAGGAUAAAGCAGAUGAUCAACGCAAUUGGUGCCAAAUAUACAGGCUACAUGACACACUCCAACUCUGUCCUCAUAUGUAAAAAACCCGAAGGUUUGAAGUAUGACAAGGCCAAAGACUGGAGAAUACCUGUUGUGAAUGUGCACUGGUUGACGGACCUGGUGAUCGGGAAUCUCGAUGCUCUGCGUCUGCCGGUACACGUCAAGUACCUCCAGCUGGGUCAGCCUAACGAGUUCAGCAUGGACAUUGUCAAAGUCCAGGGCUUCAUGGGUGGCUGGAAGACUCACCUGAAAGUCAGUAAAGAAGCUUGGAAGAAAUUUAUUCCUGCUGCCAAGUUACGACCUCAGCCGGCCCCUGGACAAGAGAACCCCGGAGUCAAACAUAAACUGUCUGAGUCAGAGAAGGACGAACCUCUCGCUAAGAAACCAAGGCUAGAGAGUAAUGGCAACUCCACACAGCCCAGGGUCAUGUUCACAGGUUAUCCUAAAGGCAUUGUGAAGAGACUACAGCAGAUUGUGAAUGACUUAGGCGGAGUGUUGGUGGACAACCCUCGGGACUGUAGCCACCUGGUGUCGCAGAUCUUCUCACGGACCAUGAAGUUCUUCGUGGCCAUCAAUGUCUGUAAGUUCAUCCUGACCAAGGAGUGGCUGGAGGAGAGUCUCAUCCAGAGCAAGUUUCUCGAUGAGUCUAAGUAUCAUCUGAAUGACUUGAAGGGAGAGACAGAGAUUGGCUGCAAACUGUCCGAGUCAUUACAGAGGGCCAAGUCAAAACCAUUGUUUCAGGGUCUAACAUUUCACAUCACGCCUGGAGUGGCGCCCCCUGUCUGUGAUGUCCGGAACAUCGUGGAAAGUGCUGGGGGUACAACAGUCAAACGACGUCCAUCAGCUAAAACCAUAGCAGCUCAAAUGGACGACAAGGGGAGACCAAAGUUUAUUGUAAUUACGUGUGUCAAUGAUAUUCAUUUAUGUCGGGACUUGCUGGCCAAGAAAAUUCCCGUCUACAAUGCAGAGUUUGUGCUAACAGGAGUGCUGCGACAAGAAGUGAACUUUGAUAUAUUUCGUCUCGGAGCACACUAGCAUUCUAUCGGAUGGACUAUAAGGAGCCGCCAGUAGUGAGAGGAUGUGCUUGAUGUGCUUGUGUGAGUGUGUGUGCAGGCUAUAAUGUUUCAUGGGAUUGUGCUCAAGACUUGGUGCAAAUGGCAGCAGUUGUCCUUGCAACGAAAAACCACUGUUGGCUGAUGUUUUUACAGACUUUUAUAUAGGGCAUCAUUCGAUGAAGAAAGUUGUAAAUGUGUGUUUUGUUACGGUUGUUUUAGCAAUACAUUCAGACAGUCCCACAAUAAGUCCUGUUGUUCAUCAGCAUUAUUUAUAAACAUGCUGCCUCGUCAGCUUGAAAAGCUAUCUACCAUUUCAUUGUGUGCAGUGUUGUGGCCUGGUGACUGAUGCAGAACAUAUGGUUUUAUAAGAUUGUUUCUGAAUGUACAUUUCUGAAUGUACAUAGAUAUAUUUAUGGAGAUUUGGGUUAAAAGAUUGGAACUGUUACCUGGGAUACCAUGCUUAAAGAAGAGACUUUUAUGCAUGUCAACUUCUUUAUUAUGAGGAAAACAACAUUUCAGAAUAUCUCCUUACUCCUUCAUGAGGUGAAUGUUUUCUUCCGCCCGAAGACCUUUUUCUUG